AAACGCGUUUGGUGAUCCUUCCUUAUUGUGUUCGUCCCAGGCGUCGACAGCUUCCUCAAACAUAUCCUGAAACAGAGUUUUUAACAGCACUAUUUGGUUUAUGAUGUAAUAUUUUUCCUGUCGGCUACAGCUUUCAAACACAUACGAACAUGCUGAUCAGGAAAAGGGUAAUUGCGAGGUCUCCUAGCAGCGUUAAAUGGAAAGAACGACAUAAUAAAGGCGUUAUUUUUGUAGCGCCUCUUAAUUAAUAAUAUUCACCGAUGCGGGAAAUUCACAGGAAGUAGCUACUCUGUCCACUUCAGACCACUUCAGCAGUUGCAUGUCCUUAUUGCAGUAAUUAUUGGCAGCUUUAUUUCUGUCAGACAAUAUGCGGUGCGAAUUUCCGAUUCAAUCAUAACAGUCAGCGAAUAUGAAGCAUGCACGCAUUUACUCAGAGAUCCGCUUGACCUGAUAAACUCAGGUGCAGAGGUUGGGGGAUUACGCCAAAGGUAAAGAGACGAUACCACAGUGACGUAGCGGUGACAACUGGGACAAAGCAGGAGAAUAUAAAAGCUCUAGAGUCACAACAUGCACUCCAAAUCUCGUCUGCGAGGAACAACAGUCUACACAAGAAGAAACAUCACUGAAUCCACACGAUGAAGUUCCUAACUCUGCUUGCUCUGAUGUGCUGCUGCUUUCUGCACGGCCAGGCGAUGCACAUCAAACGCCCGCGUCCCAAACCUUUAGACAGCUCCGUCACCUGGAACGACCUCUUCUUGAUGACUAAACAUGCACAGAUGGAAGAUACAGACCACGAAACAAGACUUCUUCCAGUGAUCUCCGAGGUUAUGCUAAAAGAGGAGAAUUCUUGCUGUGUCAACGCCAUGAUCCUGAAUUACUAUCUAAAGCACAUCUUGCACGCAGAUGAGCAGGUUGAUAAAAAAUACCCCCACAUUCGUUUUGUGAGGUCUGACCUGCAGAGGAUCGCUCACGUUUUGAAGCCACACUGCGAAAGUACCGAUUUUGCAGACCAUGCACGUGUUAAGGAAUUCGAGACGAACUAUAAAACUGCCAGUGCACAGGAAUAUGAGAAAACUCGUAACAAAGCAGUCGGGGAGACGAUUAUUCUCUUCCACUACCUCUUUGAAUCCUGCAGUGCAAAAAUGUGACUCUGAGCUCUCCAACGCAGUAUUGCCAUCUAUUUUUUUUUUAAUAUUCAAAGCAUUAUUUAUUAAGGAUACUUAUUUAUUUUAGAUAUUUAUUGUAUGCUAUUUAGAUUUGUAUGAAUGGCAUGGAAACUGGGCUUUCAUGCUAUGUGUUGUAAGGUCACACUUGUGGCUGCUGUGGUGACUGACUUGGGCUAAACAUCCCAAGGCAGAUCACUAUAAAGUAAAUGCAUUGUAAAAGCAUUUUUAAUAAAAACUAUUAAUGUAUUUUGCAAUUUUAAUUUAAUUUACCUUUCCCCAUGCA